GCAUCCUUCCUUCCUCGCUUCCUUCCUUCCAUCCUUGCUUCCUUCCUCCCUUCCUUGCUUCCUCACUUCCUUGCUUCUUCGCUUCCUUGCAUCCUUCCUUCCUCGCUUCGUUCCUUCCUUCCUUUCUUCCUCGCUUACUUCCUUCCUCGCUUCCUCCUUUCCUUGCUUCCUCGCUUCCUUCCUUCUUCCUUGCUUCCUCUCUUCCUUGCUUCUUUCCCUCUUUGCUUCCUCGCUUCCUUCCUUCCUGGCUUCCUUCCUUCCUUGCUUCCUCGCUUCUUUCCUUCCUCGCUUCCUUCCUUCCUUGCUUCUUUCCUUCCUCGAUUCCUACCUUCCUUUCUUCCUCGCCUCUUCUUUUCUUGCUUCCUUCCUUCCUUGCUUCCUCGCUUCCUUCCGUCCUUGCAUCUUUCCUUCCUCGCUUCCUUCCUACCUUGCUUCCUCGCUUCCUUCCCUCCUUGCUUCCUCGCUUCCUUCCUUCCUCGCUUCCUUCCUUCCUUCCUUGCUUUUUUCCUUUCCUCGCUCCUUUCUUUCCUCCUUCUUUGUUUCCUCGCUUUCUUCAUAAAUUUCUUCCUCAUUUCCUUUCCUCCUUCCUUCCUUGCUUCAUUCCUUCCUUCCAUGCUUCCUCGCUUCCUUCCUUGCUUUCUUCCUUGCUUUCUCGCUUCCUUCUUUCCUUCCUCGCUUCCUUCCUUCCUCACUUCCCUCCUUCAUUCCUUGCUUCCUUCCUUCCCCGCUUCCUUUUUCCUCCUUCCUUGCAUCCUCGAUUCCUUCGUUUUUUCCUCGCGUCCUUCCUUUUUCGCUUCAUUCCUUCCUUGCUUCCUCCCUCGCUUCCUUCUCUCCUCCUUCCUUGCUUCCUCGCUUUCUUCUUUCCUUGCUUCCUCGAUUCAUUCCUUCCUCACUUGCAUCCUCCCUUCCUUGCUCCCCCCUUCCUCACUUCCUUCUUUCCUCCUUCCUUGCUUCCUCGUUU